AUGGCACCGAAGGAAAACACUAACAAGACCACCUCACCAAGAACAUCCUCCUCCUCCUCCUCCUCCUCCCACCUCUCCGGCGCCAUGAUCAAGCAGAGCGUCCUAAGCCCGGGGUUCCGGUCGGUGGCCGCCAUGGCCGGGUGGGACGAGGAAGCUCUCUUGCUCGCGAGCCUCGUCGUCGAGGACACCCCGGUGCGAGAGUCCCGUCACAAGAGACGCUCCAAUCCCCACCUCAAAUCCCCUCCGAGCACCAGUUCCAACCGGAAACGAAGAUCCCGAAGGCGGUCCACGAAUUUGGUCCCCCCCGUGGUUCUCUCUCUUGAUGAUGACGAGCUAAGUGAUAAGAAAGACUCGGGUGAUGCGAGAAAAGAAAUGGGGACUAUUGCUGCUGAGGAGAAGAAGAAGAAGCCGCCAUUAGCAGAGGGGGCUUCACCGGAGAAGCUCUCGAGCAACGCGCUCCCGUGUAUGGAUCGGCUGAGAGAGGAGCUUUCUUGCGCCAUUUGUUUGGAGAUUUGCUUCGAACCAAGCACUACUCCCUGUGGGCACAGCUUCUGCAUGAAGUGCUUAAAGUGUGCUGCAGCUAAAUGCGGAAAAAGGUGUCCUAAAUGCAGGCAACUGAUCAGCAAUGGGAGAUCUUGCACAGUGAACACAGUUCUUUGGAACACAAUUCAGCUCCUGUUUCCGGAGGAAGUCGGGGCGAGGAAGAGCUCCACAGACCCAAAAAUCACUUCUGAUCAAAGCACCGAACCCUCUUCCGAAGGUUCAGAGCGAAGCAACAGCGACAUCACCAGAAGCAGCAGCAUGAGAAGCUACACCCAAGUUUCUGAAACAAUGGAUCGGGUGGGCAGAAGAAGGGCGGCGCCGAGCCGCCAAUCGGAGGAUGCCGCGUUGGCUUAUCGGUUGCAGAGGGAAGAGUUCAUGGUAGCUUUCCGGAGCAGCCGCGAGGAGCAGCGGAGUGCCCUCUACGCUGCUAGCGCCAAUCUCCGAUCUAUGGCCUCUAGAGCUAUUCAUUUGCGGACUAGAAGUCGGCACUCAUAAUAUGCAUGUUACCGUUAUUCCGCUUUCUGAAACAAUUUGGCAGAACAUUCAGACUAAAACACUUCAUUUGAUGGAAUUGUAUCGAAUUUCGUAGAUGUUGAUUAGCACUUUUUGGCGGUACUUAGCCCAAUAUUUGAAUUCUUCACUGUUCUAACAUGUUGUAGGAAUCCUCUUUGUUAAAGCAUUGGUGUG